UUAUUAUUUGGUAGUUCAAUAACCUCAUGAAUCAAUUAAAAGCAUCAUACUGAAAUAAAAUUAUCCUUAGAGAAAUGCCAAAAAGUGAAAGGAAUAUGUAAAACAUUUUGUGAUGAGGAUGAGUAUGAUUAUGGAUACUGCAUUAAGUGGAGAAACCAGUGCUGUAUAUAAACUCUGGAAAACGGAAGUACUGCUGAGCAUCAAAUCUGGAACAGACAUACAUUUUUAUCUACUCACAAGUAGGUAAAAGGAAAAUGUAACAUUUAAUGGGCAUACGUACUUUAAAAUCCUAACUAUAUCAGGAGCGAGAGCAGAGAGGAGGUUGAUCCCAUGGAAGCUGUGCUGGCAUUCUUGCAUUUCUGGCCUGGCAAUGGUGUCCAGAACUAGAUGGAAUGUGGUUUCUUCUGGAGGCUUCUCAGGCAUCUAUCUGGGUAAAGCCCCUGUGCCGACAGUAGUGCAGAUACCACAGUGGGGGAAGCCAAAUAAGACAUUACUGCAGCUGCCUCUGACUCUACCCCUCUGC